AUGGAUGGGUCCGUGAGCCGGCUGCGCCUGGGCGAGUCGCUGCGGCGCGGGGAGCUCUUCCUCUUCCUCACUGCUAUCCUGCAGAGCUUCUCGCUGGAGCCGCUGGGGGCGCCCGAGGACAGCGACCUGACCCCGUUCGGCUCCGGCCGGCUGCGCCUGGGCGAGUCGCUGCGGCGCGGGGAGCUCUUCCUCUUCCUCACUGCUAUCCUGCAGAGCUUCUCGCUGGAGCCGCUGGGGGCGCCCGAGGACAGCGACCUGACCCCGUUCGGCUCCGAUCCCAAGGGAAUCAACGAGAGGCAAAGAGGUGCAGGCAGCCGGGCGGGGUUGGGGUGCACCCGGCGCUCAGGCGCUCAGACGCAGGCGGCCCUACCCCUGGGCCCGUACCACUCCCGCUUCUGCGGAACUUGCUGCAGCUCGAGUCUGGACACCUGGACCGUGCACUCAUGGAGGCAGCCCCAACAGUGGCUGCCUGGCCGCUGGGGUCCGGUGUUUACGGUGUGGCUGGGCCCGCGCCCUGCAGUGGUGCUGUGCAGCUACGCAGCGCUGCGGGACGCAUUAGUGCUGCAAGCGGAUGCCUUCUCCGGCCGCGGGGCCAGGGCAGUCUUCGAACGCUUCACACGCGGAAACGGCAUCGUGGUUUCUAACGGGCAGCGCUGGCGGACGCUGCGCAAUUUUGCACUUGGAGCACUUGAGGAGUUCUGCUUGGGUACGCGGACCAUCGAGGGCCGUGUCCUGGAAGAGGCGCCUUGUCUGCUUGGCGAAUUUCAAGACAGCGUUGGCGCUCCGUUCGACCCCCGCGGCUUACCAGAUAAUGCUGUUUCUCACGUUAUGUGUUCCGUGGUCUUUGAGAACCGCUAUGGCUACGAGGACCCGGAGUUCCUGAGGCUCCUGGACCUCUUCAAUGACAACUUCCGCAUCAUGAGUUCCAGAUGGGGUGAGGUGAGAGGGUCGGCCCCCAUCCCUCCCUCGUGUGCCCAAUCUAUGCCAAAUUCCGAGUACAUGGACCUACCUACAUUGGAUCAUUAGAAUGGGGCAGUCUUAGAAUCUUGGAAUGGAAGAGUUUUAGAACCUACAUCAAAGUCCUGGUCCAGUCUCCCCAUAGGGAAACUAAUGGUCUUGUUCAAGGUCCUAUUGAUUUCCUGUCCCCCCAGAUGUACAUUUUCCCCUCCCUCCUAAAAUGGCUCCCAGGCCCACACCACGGAAUCUUCCAAAACGUAGCAGAGCUUAGAGUUUUCACCUCUCAGCAAACCCAGCAGCAACCGGCAGCCCAGGGAACCCCGCAAUUUCAUCGAUUGCUUCCUGGAUCAAACAGAUAAGGUACAGGGCCCUGCUGCCCACCAGCAGACGCCUGGCUCCUCUACCCACAGGAACAGAAGGACCCGGAGAGCCAUUUCCAGUAGACGCUGGUGAUGACGACGCAUAACCGCUUCCCUGGCAGUACUGAGACCACAAGCACCACCCUGCGCUAUGGACUCCUCAUUCUGCUCCAGUUCCCAGAGGUGGCAGGCUUGUGAGCUGGACAGCUAGGG